ACCCCGCCACCACGCCAAGCCAACCACACAGGCCUAAAAAACACACAAAAUCAUCCGGCCCAAAAAAAAUAUGCCUCAGAGCUUUUGUUAAAAUGUGACACGUCAGAAGAUGGUCUAGUGGAUUUUCAGGAAUUUAAAUGUUUCGUGGAAGAGAAAGAAAAAGAGUUGUUAAAAGUUUUUUUAGAUAUUGACAAAUCGCAUGAUAUGAGAUUGCAACCUGAAGAAUUAGAAAACGCGUUAAAAAAAGCAGUAGAAUUAAAAAAAUUUAUUGAUACUAUGGAUAAAGAUGGUAAUGGGGUCAUAGAUUUUUCCGAAUGGAGAGAUUUUUUGUUGGUAUGUUCAAAACAUUAUCAUAUUUCUUUAUGCAUUGCUAGCAUUCAUUCUCUUUUUUUGAAUGGAAGGCAGUUUCUUCCUCGAAAGACAACGAUGUCUGAAAUAUACGAAUACUAUCAAGUGGUCACUCAAGUCAAUAUUGACGGUGAAGUGACAAUACCGCCAACUGAUCCAAAGUAUUUUCUUGCCGGUGCGAUUGCAGGUGCAGUUAGUCGGACAGUUACUG